AUGUCCGACAUUCAGAAAAAUGUUGAGGCUGCCUCGGAGAGUUACUCGUUCAGCUUCGACAAGGGUCACCUGGCCUUGCCGCCGGCGAAGAAGUAUCUCAUCCUGACUUGCAUGGACGCCAGAAUCGAUCCGGCACGAGCAUUCGGCAUCGAGUUGGGCGAUGCGCAUGUCAUUCGCAAUGCCGGCGCUUCAGCUGUCGACGGACUCCGCAGUAUUGUCAUCUCGCAACAGCUCCUCGGCACGCGCGAGAUCGUCUUGGUCAAGCAUACUGGCUGUGGCAUGCUGACGUUCAAGAACGAGGAUGCGUACGGCAUCAUCGAGAAGAACCUGGGUGCUGAUGCUUCAUUGGAGGCCAAGAAUCGCAUCCCCGACUUUUUGGCCUUCCCCGAGCUGGAGGAGGCAGUCAAGAAGGAUAUUGACUUCAUCAAAGCCUCCAAGUUAGUGCCCGACAGCGUGACGCUGAGCGGCUGGGUGUACGAGGUCGAGACUGGAAAGACCAGGCGUGUUAUCUGA